AGUGGUCGAAAUAUGAAUGUCUGCCGUCUGGGGGUUUCCCUUGACCCAACUAAGCUACUCACAGACGUCAGUUGUUGAAUGCAAUUGAGCUCACACAAAUGUUUGAUUGUGCGAUCUAGGCAAUUUAUUCAUACCAAAACCAGCUGGGACGCCCAUUCCAUCGUCCUCUUCCGGAGUGUACGUCGCCUCUCAUCAUGGGUACGCGAGAGAAGACGUCCGGUUAUGUUAUUGGGAACAACUGGGGGCAGUUCCCUGAGGAUUCGGCCAAGGCAGUUGUCGGAGUGAAUGGGAGUAGUGCUGAAUAUGUUGAGAGGAUGGUUGACUACACAGGCCUUCCCGUUCACGCAGGGAAGCUCAUGAAUCCCACGCCGGAUAGCCUCGACUAUUCUAUCUCGGCGUGGCUUAAAGUCCCUGCCCCAUUCAUAGUGCAAUUGGACCCCCUUACUAUAAACUUGGAUAGAGCCCAGGACACCCCCGAACAAGCGUAUGUGGACUUUACAAAAUUUCUCUUUGAACUUACCCGCACUUUUGUUUUAGCAGUGGAGGGUACAACAGCCGCAUAUCUAGGAAAACUAAGGGUCAAAGUGAAACUGGACAAGAAACUUGAGCUAAACGGUAUGCAACCCGACAGAGACCCUCUUCUUUGCCCAAUUCGGCUAAGUCAUCACGCUGCGGGUCCGGACAUGUUUAGAGGAUUCAAUAUCGAAUCUGCUGGAGUCACACUUCCCUGUCAAGAAGAUGGCACCAACCUGAAAGUGGUUCUUAUCAUCAUGUUGCAGCUACCGGGCAACAACACUGUCAACGGUGACUGUAAGAUCGACAUUAAAUCGGCGAUCGCUAAUCUCGUUCCCAUACUUGAAGGGCAGAAGAAGGCACUUAGUGAAGGGAACCUAGAACUCACGGCAAACGGCAAUACAACUAUCUAUAAAGGAAAGCAUAUCACGUACAUUGAGGACGUCCUGAACAAUAUCACCCUCAAAACCUCGCUAUCAAUCAUAAAAGUGCUGACUCAGACCCUUCGCGGUUUAACAGAGGGUGGUAAGGGUCUCGGAGGCAUUCUGGACCUGCUCAAGGGAGACGGCUUCGAUGAUAUCAUGGGAGUCCUCAGGGAGGCUCUAAAAGGAGACGGGGUGAAGGAUAUCAUAAACGGCCUAGACACUGUCCUCAAAGAAGUGGUUGGGGGUGAAGGUGCUAGUCUCAACGAUAGUCUAUGUGGUUCAAAUCUCAAAGAUGUCGUAGGAGAGUUGAUAAAAUUGGAUUUGAAAGAGUUGGGCAUCGACGAAAUUCUGAACGAGUUGAAAAAUUCCCAGUCUUAG